UUGUAACCGCUGGCGGGUGGAGGGAGUGUCCGCGGCGGACGGACGGACGGCGCUGCCCAGCACCCACGGCCUGCACCCCACCGCGCCGCUCUCACGCCACUCACACCGGCGCUUCCAUCAAGGACGACAGCGAAAACUCCGAGCCGCCGGCAGCCGAUUUACAACUCAUUCUGGUGUUUGUGCAGCUAUGCAGCUUGAAAUCCAAGUCGCACUCAACUUCAUUAUCUCAUACUUGUACAAUAAACUCCCACGGAGAAGAGUCAACAUCUUUGGUGAGGAAUUGGAACGGCUGUUGAAGAAAAAAUAUGAAGGUCACUGGUACCCGGACAAGCCAUACAGAGGGUCUGGAUAUAGGUGCGUGCACAUAGGGGAGUCCAUCGACCCAGUCAUUGAGCGAGCUGCCAAAGAAAGUGGACUGGACAUGAAGGACGUUCGUGACAACCUGCCUCAGGACCUGAGUGUGUGGAUAGACCCUUAUGAAGUGUCCUAUCAGAUUGGAGAGAAGGGGCCCAUCAAGGUGCUAUAUGUGGAUGAUAGUAAUGAUACUGGGACUGACCUGGACAAAGAAAUCAAAAACAGCUUCAACCCCGAGGCCCAGGUCUUUAUGCCCAUUUGUGAUCCAGCAGGGGGAUCGUCUGUGUCCAGCUCCCCCUCUCCUCCUUUCGGUCACUCUGCUGCUGUCAGCCCUACUUUUAUGCCUCGCUCCGCCCAGCCUUUAACGUUCACCACUGCCACAUUUGCUGCUACGAAAUUCGGCUCGACCAAAAUGAAGAGCAGCGGCCGCAACAGCAAGGUCGCUCGAGCAUCCCCCACCAACCUUGGCUUGAAUGUGAAUAACCUGCUGAAGCAGAAAGGCCUGUCAACAUCCAUGCACUCUCUCUAUGGGCUCGGCAUGGGUGUGGGCAGCCAGCAGCAACAGCAGAAGACUUCAGCCCUCUCCCCCAAUGCCAAGGAGUUUAUUUUCCCUGGCAUCCAGGGGCAGGGUGGUACCAGUGCAAUGUUCCCGGGGGAGAGCUCUGUGAACCUCAGCCCUCUCCAGUAUGGUAAUGCCUUUGACAUGUUUGCUUAUGGAGGCCUCAGCGAAAAAUCCUUUAUGGAUGGUCUGAGUUUCAGCCUCGGUAACAUGCAGUAUUCUAACCAGCAGUUCCAACCUGUCAUGGCUAAUUAGAAGUUGGGGGGCUCUAUAAUUAUAUAUAAAUAUUAAGCCCUAAUUAUACAAGUUUAAACUUAACUGAACCCAAGGGUAUUUCCCCUUAAACCCCUUGAGAUAAAUUUUUAAAAAUUUUUUUUGAAUUGGGGCGUUACAAGCUUGUAGUUUGGCACUUGGUUAUUUAAAAAGCAUCAAUUUUUGGUUUUGCCAACCAAGCACAAAGAUGAUUUUAUAUGGACUGUGCACCUUUUUUAAAAUAAAAUUUAAAAAAAAGAAAAAUGGAAAAUGUUGUGGAGGUGAAACCUCCUCAAACAGUAUUUACACUUGGACAGGACAUGGGCUGAUUUAAGAAUUGGCACUAAUGAUAAAAGUGGGAUUUCUGGUCUUUUUGUAAUUGUAUAAUUUAAUUUAGUAUGAAGUUUGUAAAAUACAGAGUAUAUAUUGUUUCUACAACACGGUAUUGCAUUUAUAUCUUUUUACUACAGUGAUCUGUGAUGGCUGCGAUAGUUUGCAUUUUUUUUUUACAAAUUGUAAAAAAAAAUCCACAUUCAGAGACAUCAAAAUACUCAAGAUUGUGUACAGACUAUUCCCCAGUGAUGGUGUUCAAAGUGUAGAAAUUUCACCUUUUUUGGAAAAACAAGAUUUGUAUUUUCUGUUAAGAGUUUAAAGUAAAAAUAAAUUUUUUGCUAUAUAUUAUGGACAAAUGUAAUCGUAAUAUUAAUUUUGUACCUACCUUGUGCAAUACUUGAUAAAAACAGUAUAACAAAAGUA